AGAACGCUCCUCUUCCGGCCUUACUGUACUUGCCUUCCCUCGCCCACCAUCCAAACAAAAACCGAAGAGAAGCCACACGCACGCGCACAAGGCACAAGCACAAGUCCACUGGCGAUCCACUCCCCCGCGCGCUCGUCGCCUCGUCCCCACCUCCGCUUCGUCCCCGAGCAAGUGGCAGUAGCAGGCCCACACGGAUGGCUCUGGUGACAUCGGGCUCGGGCGGCGGGCCGGUGAUCGCCGAGGUGGAGAUGAACGGCGGCGCCGACCCGAGCGCGACCACAGUGCGCGCCACCGUCGUGCAGGCCUCCACCAUCUUCUACGACACCCCCGCCACUCUCGAUAAAGCAGAGAGAUUGAUAGCAGAGGCUGCUGGGUAUGGUUCACAGUUAAUUGUGUUUCCGGAAGCUUUUAUUGGAGGCUAUCCCCGUGGAUCCACUUUUGGCUAUGGGAUCAGUAUUUGUAUUGCUAAUCCAAAAGACAAGGGAAAAGAAGCAUUCAGGAGGUAUCAUGCAGCUGCUAUAGAUGUGCCUGGUCCAGAGGUGACACGCUUGGCUGCUAUGGCUGGAAAAUAUAAGAUUUUCUUGGUGAUGGGGGUGAUUGAAAGGGAAGGUUAUACACUUUAUUGUUCGGUGCUCUUCUUUGAUCCUCUUGGCCGUUACCUGGGUAAGCACCGCAAGCUCAUGCCUACAGCAUUAGAGAGAAUUAUAUGGGGAUUUGGAGAUGGAUCGACAAUUCCUGUUUAUGAUACUCCACUUGGAAAGAUUGGGGCCCUCAUUUGCUGGGAAAAUAAAAUGCCACUUUUGAGGACAGCACUUUAUGGUAAAGGUAUUGAAAUAUAUUGUGCCCCCACAGCUGAUUCCAGGCCUGUUUGGCAAGCCUCCAUGACGCAUAUUGCCUUGGAGGGGGGUUGUUUUGUCUUGUCAGCAAACCAAUUCUGCCGCAGAAAGGACUAUCCUGCCCCACCGGAGUAUGAAUUUGCUGGUUUAGGCGAAGAGCCCUCUGCAGACACUGUUGUUUGCCCUGGAGGCAGCGUUAUCAUUUCUCCAUCUGGAGAAGUCUUGGCAGGUCCCAACUAUGAGGGAGAGGCGCUCAUUACAGCUGACCUUGAUCUGGGAGAAAUUGUUCGGGCCAAGUUUGAUUUCGACGUUGUGGGUCACUAUGCUCGACCUGAGGUCCUGAGCUUGGUCGUGAAUGACCAACCACAGCUCCCUGUGUCUUUCACUUCUUCCGCUGACAAGGCUUCAGAUGUGAAGAGUGACAACAUUACUAAGUCCUACUGAUUGACGAUGGUCAUGAAACUCAGUUGUACCAAUGCCUUGGUGACUGGUGGUUGGGUCUGUCUUGGAUGGGAGUUGGGAGUUGCAACUUUUGAACUCUUUAGUGUAAUGUACAAGAGAGGCGAAAAACAUGGCGGGCGCACUUAAUAUUCCUUGUGUUGCUUGUAAAAGGAAUGUACAGUGUCUCAAGGAUAAACAUCGUCUAUGCAGGAUGUGCCCUCUCAUCAACAAAAAUAGUCCUCGCA